ACUCAGCCUCUAUUUAUACCAACGAUACCAUUCGCAAUUCAUUUAAAAAUAUUCAACUAAACUUAAACAACAGCAAAAAUGGCAUUUGGUCAUACUCUUCGGCAUGGUUUCCAAAACGCUACGUUUUGGCAGAUUGUUCUCGGGUUACAUUGUAUAUUUACACUUGUGCAUACAGCGCUCUCAACACCUCCGGAAGAUCCAGUCAGAUGUGUGUCAGGAAACAAGGAUUGUAGCGUCAAAAACCCAUACGGAGUUUUCCCAGACCGGUCCACGUGUCGAGCUGCCAACGUGGCUUACCCAACAAGUGAAGCCGAGCUCGUCUCUAUCGUCGCAGCAGCCACUAAAGCCGGACGAAAAAUGCGUGUAACCACUCGAUAUUCCCAUAGCAUCCCUAAGCUCGCAUGCACGGACGGAACUGACGGAUUGUUCAUAAGCACCAAGUUUCUAAACCACACGAUGCAGUCAGAUGCAACGGCCAUGACCUUGACGGUUGAAAGUGGCAUGACGCUUAGGCAGUUUAUCGAUGAAGCUGCUAAAGUUGGAUUGGCGUUGCCUUAUGCACCGUACUGGUGGGGACUAACCGUGGGUGGUAUGAUGGGAACCGGUGCUCAUGGGAGCUCAUUGCGAGGUAAAGGAAGUGCGGUCCAUGAUUAUGUGACGGAAAUUAGGAUGGUUACUCCUGGCUCGGCCAACGAUGGGUUUGCAAAGAUUAGAGUUUUAACCGAGACUACGACUCCUAACGAGUUUAACGCUGCUAAGGUUUCUCUUGGCGUUCUCGGCGUUAUAUCUCAGGUUACUUUUGAAUUGCAACCGAUGUUCAAAAGAUCGGUGACGUAUUUGAUGAAAGACGAUUCGGAUUUUGAUGAUCAAGCCCCGAUAUUUGGGGGAAAACAUGAGUUUGCGGAUCUUGUAUACCGAGCCAAGGCAAAGUGGUGUAUCGAAUGGACGACCGAGUUGCAAACAACACGCGGGGCAACGGUUUGUAUGAUUUCUUGCCAUUCCGUUCGCAACCCUCUGCGGCAAUAGCUGUCGUAAGAUCAUCAGAAGAGAAGCAAGAGACAUUCAGAGAUGCAAACGGGAAGUGUGCGGCAGCCAAACUAACUUCAUCUACACUGUUUGCUAACUCAUACGGUUUGACCAACAAUGGGUUUGUAUUCACCGGCUAUCCGGUCAUUGGAAACCAAAACCGCAUGAUGUCAUCAGGAUCAUGUCUAGAUAGCCUUGAAGAUGGAUUAACCACAGCGUAUGCGUUUGAUUCGCGUAUAAAAGGCGAAUUUUUUCAUCAAACAGCUUUUAGUGUUUCUCUCACGCAAGUUAAAAGCUUCAUCAACGACAUUAAAUCUCCAGUCAAGAUCGACUCGAAAUCUUUAUGCGGCCUUGAACUCUACAAUGGUAUUCUAAUGCGGUAUGUCACAUCUUCUCCGGCCUAUCUUGGAAAAGAAACACAAGCUCUAGACUUUGAUAUAACAUAUUACCGAGCCAAAGAUCCUUUAACACCACGACUCUACGAAGAUUUCAUCGAAGAAAUCGAACAAAUUGCGUUGUUCAAGUAUAAUGCAUUGCCACAUUGGGGUAAAAACAGAAAUUUGGCUUUUGAUGAAGUGAUUAAAAAGUACAAAAAUGCACCCGAGUUCUUGAAAGUAAAGGAAAGUUAUGAUCCAAACGGUUUAUUCUCGAGCGAGUGGAGAGACCAGAUCCUAGGGAUAAAAGGAAACGCGACGAUUGUAAAAGAUGGAUGUGCAUUGGAGGGAUUGUGUAUAUGUUCGGAGGAUGCUCAUUGUGCUCCGACCAAAGGCUAUUUCUGUCGACCAGGAAAAGUUUACAAAGAGGCUAGGGUCUGUACACGUGUUAGUGACAUAAACGCAUAAUUCAGUCAGUAAAUUAUUAAGACUUCAUUGCUUCUUACAUCAGAAAGUCCCAUUGUCUUUAUUACAGUACUUAACUACUUAUGAUGAUAAGUUAUUGUUUACGUUGUACUAAUAAUUAUCAUUAUAAUAUUUAUAAAUGGUACGGUAAAAAUUUGAAUUUUCGUUAGUCGUAAAGCCUU